AUGCAGCAGGCGCAGCGGAGCAAGGGUUCGGCGGAGGCGGACUUCUUCACUGAGUACGGCGACGCCAACCGGUACAAGAUCCAGGAGGUCAUCGGCAAGGGGAGCUACGGGGUUGUGUGCUCCGCCCUUGAUCUGCAGACCAGGCAGAAAGUGGCCAUCAAGAAGAUACACAAUAUCUUCGAGCAUACCUCCGACGCCGCGCGGAUCCUCCGUGAGAUCAAGCUUCUGAGGCUCCUACGGCAUCCCGACGUCGUCGAGAUCAAGCACAUUAUGCUGCCUCCCUCCAGAAAGGACUUCAAGGACAUCUACGUUGUUUUUGAGCUCAUGGAGUCUGAUCUCCACCAAGUUAUUAAGGCCAACGAUGACUUGACGAAAGAGCACUACCAGUUCUUUCUCUACCAGCUACUCCGAGCCCUCAAAUACAUUCAUACUGCUAGUGUUUACCAUCGUGACCUGAAGCCCAAGAAUAUUUUGGCAAAUUCUAACUGCAAACUGAAGAUAUGUGAUUUUGGACUAGCACGAGUUGCAUUCAACGAUACCCCAACAACUGUCUUCUGGACGGAUUAUGUCGCGACAAGAUGGUAUAGAGCUCCAGAGCUCUGCGGAUCCUUCUUCACAAAGUAUACACCUGCCAUUGACAUUUGGAGCAUUGGGUGCAUUUUCGCUGAGGUGCUGACAGGAAAGCCUUUGUUUCCUGGUAAAAAUGUUGUCCAUCAGUUAGACUUAAUGACUGAUCUCCUAGGGACACCUUCAAUGGAUACAAUUUCUCGGGUCCGAAAUGAGAAAGCAAGAAGGUACUUGAGCAGUAUGAGAAAGAAAGACCCGGUCCCAUUUUCUCAGAAGUUUCCUAAUGCAGAUCCUUUGGGAGUUAAACUCUUGGAGAAGCUAUUAGCCUUUGAUCCAAAAGACCGUCCAACUGCGGAAGAGGCAUUGACUGAUCCAUACUUUAGAGGCCUUUCCAAGCCAGAGAGAGAACCAUCCUGUCAGCCAAUCAGAAAAAUGGAGUUUGACUUUGAGCACAGCAGAGUGUCAAAGGAUGAUAUAAGGGAGCUGAUAUUCCAGGAGAUAUUGGAAUAUCAUCCGCAAUUGCUGAAGAGCUACACUGAUGGCACAGAGAGGACAACCUUUCUCUACCCAAGUGCUGUCGAUCAUUUCAAGAAGCAGUUCUCUCAUCUUGAAGAAAGCGAUGGCAGCGGCCCUGUAGUCCCAGCAGAUAGAAAACAUGCAUCUCUUCCUAGGUCCACUAUUGUUCACUCGACUCCAAUUCCCGCGAAGGACACUCGGCCGCUCUUUGGCAAGCCUUGCAACAAAACUUCCUCGGAGACAGGGAGGUAUGCUGGGAAUGGUCACGGUGCUUCUCAGGCUUCACACGCGGCACAAGCAGUGAUUUCGCGGAGAGCUGCCGGUUCAGCGUUACCUUAUGACGCGGCAAGCAGGCCGACGAUUAGCCCAGGAUGCCCUCCUCAGCAGCAGAUCCCACAAAUGUAUGGGCAAUAUCAGCAUCAAGCACCUCCUGGUGCUGGUGCUGGUGCUGGGAUACCACAGGCCAUGGGGGGCUAUGCCUGUGGUGGGUACACCAAAGGCACGGCGCCUAAUGCUGCUGCUGCUGCUCCGGCCAUGAGAGCACCCCCCUAUCGACACCUACCGACGGGGCAGAAGAACGGCCCGCUGGACAGACUGGCAGUGGAGACCACCGACAUAUACACGCGGUCGCUCAACGGCAUCGUCGCCGCCGCCGCGGCAUCGGCCGGUGCCACGGGCGCCCACAGGAAGGUGGGCGCCGUGCCGUUUGGCAUGCCGACGACUUACUAG